GGCACUGGCGAGCGAGGAGGCGGCGGCGGGGGAAGAUGCGCGGCGGCGGCUGGCAGACGCUGUCCCUGGCUCUGGGCUUGGUGCUGGCGAUCCUGAACCAGGUGGCGUCUCAAGCGUGUCCGGCGCAGUGCUCCUGCUCGGGCAGCACGGUGGACUGCCACGGACUGGCGCUGCGCAGCGUGCCCAGGAACAUCCCCCGCAACACCGAGAGGCUGGAUUUGAAUGGAAAUAACAUCACACGGAUUACCAAAAUGGAUUUUGCCGGCCUUAGACAUCUAAGAGUUCUUCAGCUCAUGGAGAAUAAGAUCAGCACCAUUGAAAGAGGAGCAUUCCAGGAUCUUAAAGAACUGGAGAGACUGCGUUUAAACAGAAAUAACCUUCAGCUGUUUCCUGAGUUGCUGUUUCUUGGGACUUCGAAGCUCUACAGGCUAGACCUCAGUGAAAACCAAAUUCAGGCAAUUCCAAGGAAGGCUUUCCGUGGAGCAGUUGACAUUAAAAAUUUGCAACUGGAUUACAACCAGAUCAGCUGUAUCGAAGAUGGGGCAUUCAGGGCUCUCCGGGACCUGGAAGUGCUCACUCUCAACAAUAACAACAUUACCAGACUUUCUGUGGCGAGUUUCAACCACAUGCCUAAGCUUAGGACUUUUCGACUGCACUCCAACAACCUGUACUGUGACUGCCACCUGGCCUGGCUGUCGGACUGGCUGCGGCAGAGGCCUCGCGUGGGCCUCUACACUCAGUGCAUGGGCCCCUCCCACCUGAGGGGCCAUAAUGUCGCUGAGGUUCAGAAGCGAGAAUUUGUCUGCAGUGGUCACCAGUCAUUUAUGGCUCCUUCUUGCAGCAUCCUGCACUGUCCAGCCGCUUGCACCUGUAGCAACAAUAUCGUAGACUGCCGUGGGAAAGGUCUCGCGGAGAUCCCCACAAAUCUGCCUGAGACCAUCACAGAAAUACGUCUGGAACAGAACUCAAUCAAGGUCAUCCCUCCUGGAGCUUUCUCACCGUAUAAAAAGCUUAGAAGAAUCGACCUGAGCAAUAAUCAGAUCUCCGAACUAGCACCAGAUGCCUUCCAAGGACUGCGCUCCCUGAAUUCACUUGUUCUCUAUGGAAAUAAAAUCACAGAACUUCCAAAGAGUUUAUUUGAAGGAUUAUUUUCCUUACAGCUACUAUUAUUGAACGCCAACAAGAUAAACUGCCUGCGGGUAGAUGCUUUCCAGGACCUGCACAACCUGAACCUUCUCUCCUUGUACGACAACAAGCUCCAGACCAUCGCCAAGGGGACCUUCUCGCCUCUCCGGGCCAUUCAGACCAUGCAUUUGGCCCAAAACCCCUUUAUUUGUGACUGCCAUCUCAAGUGGCUCGCGGAUUAUCUCCACACCAACCCGAUCGAGACCAGUGGUGCCCGCUGCACCAGCCCCCGGCGUCUGGCAAACAAAAGAAUUGGACAGAUCAAAAGCAAGAAAUUCCGUUGUUCAGCUAAAGAGCAGUAUUUCAUUCCAGGUACAGAAGACUAUCGAUCAAAAUUAAGUGGGGACUGCUUUGCAGACUUGGCUUGCCCUGAAAAGUGCCGCUGCGAAGGGACCACAGUCGAUUGCUCCAAUCAAAAGCUCGCCAAAAUCCCAGACCACAUUCCCCAGUAUACUGCGGAACUGCGUCUCAAUAAUAAUGAAUUCACCGUGUUGGAAGCUACAGGAAUCUUCAAGAAACUUCCUCAGUUACGUAAAAUAAACUUUAGCAACAAUAAGAUUACAGACAUUGAAGAGGGAGCUUUCGAAGGAGCAUCUGGUGUAAAUGAAAUACUUCUCACUAGUAAUCGUUUGGAAAAUGUGCAGCAUAAGAUGUUCAAGGGAUUGGAAAGCCUCAAAACAUUGAUGUUGAGAAGUAAUCGCAUCAGCUGUGUGGGGAAUGACAGCUUCAUAGGGCUGAGUUCUGUGCGGCUGCUUUCCUUAUAUGAUAAUCAAAUUACUACGAUUGCACCAGGGGCCUUUGACACUCUCCAUUCCUUAUCUACUCUAAACCUCUUGGCCAAUCCUUUCAACUGUAACUGCUACCUGGCUUGGUUGGGAGAAUGGCUCCGGAAGAAAAGAAUUGUAACGGGCAACCCUCGCUGUCAGAAACCCUACUUCCUCAAAGAGAUCCCCAUCCAGGACGUGGCCAUUCAAGACUUCACCUGCGAUGAUGGAAAUGAUGACAAUAGCUGUUCCCCACUGUCCCGCUGUCCCGGGGAGUGCACCUGCUUGGACACAGUGGUUCGAUGUAGUAACAAAGGCUUGAAGGGUUUGCCCAAAGGAAUCCCAAGAGAUGUCACUGAAUUGUACCUGGAUGGGAAUCAAUUCACAUUGGUUCCUAAGGAACUCUCUAACUACAAACACUUAACACUUAUAGACUUAAGUAACAACCGAAUAAGCACCCUUUCUAACCAGAGCUUCAGCAACAUGACCCAGCUCCUCACCUUGAUUCUUAGUUACAACCGUCUAAGAUGUAUCCCUCCGCGAACCUUCGAUGGAUUGAAGUCUCUUCGAUUACUUUCUUUACAUGGAAAUGACAUUUCUGUUGUGCCUGAAGGUGCUUUCAACGAUCUUUCUGCAUUAUCACACCUAGCAAUUGGAGCCAACCCUCUUUACUGUGACUGUAACAUGCAGUGGUUAUCCGAGUGGGUGAAGUCGGAAUAUAAAGAACCGGGUAUUGCCCGUUGCGCCGGACCUGGAGAAAUGGCGGAUAAACUGUUACUCACAACUCCGUCCAAAAAAUUCACAUGUCAAGGUCCUGUGGAUGUGACUAUUUUAGCUAAAUGUAAUCCUUGCUUAUCAAAUCCAUGCAAAAAUGAUGGCACCUGUAACAAUGAUCCAGUUGACUUUUAUCGCUGUACCUGUCCAUAUGGUUUCAAGGGGCAGGACUGCGAUGUCCCAAUUCAUGCAUGUAUCAGUAACCCAUGUAAACAUGGAGGAACUUGCCACUUAAAAGAAGGUGACAAAGAUGGAUUCUGGUGUAUUUGUGCUGAUGGAUUUGAAGGAGAACACUGUGAAAUCAAUAUUGAUGACUGUGAAGAUAAUGACUGUGAAAAUAAUUCUACUUGCGUUGAUGGGAUUAACAACUACACAUGCCUUUGCCCACCUGAGUACACAGGCGAGUUGUGUGAAGAGAAGCUGGACUUCUGUGCCCAGGACCUGAACCCCUGCCAGCACGACUCCAAGUGCAUCCUGACGCCAAAGGGAGUCAAAUGUGACUGCACCCCAGGCUACAUCGGCGAGCACUGUGACGUGGAUUUCGACGACUGCCAGGAUCACAAGUGUAAAAACGGGGCCCACUGCACGGACACAGUGAACGGCUAUACGUGCAUCUGCCCCGACGGUUACAGUGGCUUGUUCUGUGAAUUUUCUCCGCCCAUGGUCCUCCCUCGAACCAGCCCCUGUGACAAUUUUGAGUGUCAGAAUGGAGCUCAGUGCAUCAUCAGGAUAAAUGAGCCCGUAUGCCAGUGUUUGCCUGGCUACCAGGGGGAGAAGUGUGAGAAGCUGGUUAGUGUGAAUUUUGUAAACAAGGAGUCCUAUCUUCAAAUUCCUUCGGCCAAGGUUCGGCCUCAAACGAACAUCUCACUUCAGAUCGCUACCGAUGAAGACAGUGGGAUCCUCCUGUACAAGGGGGACAAGGACCACAUCGCUGUAGAGCUCUACCGGGGACGCGUGCGCGCCAGCUACGACACCGGCUCUCACCCGGCCUCUGCCAUUUACAGCGUGGAGACGAUCAAUGAUGGAAACUUUCACAUUGUGGAGCUACUUGCCCUGGACCAGAGUCUCUCCCUCUCCGUGGAUGGAGGGAGCCCCAAAAUCAUCACCAACUUGUCAAAGCAGUCCACUCUGAAUUUUGACUCCCCACUCUAUGUAGGAGGCAUGCCCGGGAAAAACAACAACGUGGCUGCCGCCCUGCGCCAGGCCCCCGGGCAGAAUGGCACCAGUUUCCACGGCUGCAUCCGCAACCUCUACAUCAACAGCGAGCUGCAGGACUUCCGCAAGGUGCCCAUGCAGACCGGCAUUCUGCCCGGCUGUGAGCCGUGCCACAAGAAGGUGUGUGCCCACGGCACAUGCCAGGCCAGCAGCCAGUCCGGCUUCACCUGCGAGUGUGAGGAAGGAUGGACCGGGCUCCUCUGUGACCAGAGAACCAAUGACCCCUGUCUUGGAAAUAAAUGCGUGCAUGGCACCUGCCUACCCAUCAACGCCUUCUCCUACAGCUGUAAGUGCCUGGAGGGCCACGGGGGCGUCCUGUGUGACGAAGAGGAGGACCUGUUUAACCCCUGCCAGGCCAUCAAGUGUAAGCACGGGAAAUGCAGGCUGUCCGGCCUGGGGCAGCCCUACUGCGAGUGCAGCAGCGGAUACACCGGGGACAGCUGUGACCGAGAAGUCUCCUGCCAAGGGGAGCGGAUCAGAGAUUAUUACCAGAAACAGCAGGGCUACGCCGCCUGCCAGACAACCAAGAAGGUGUCCCGGCUGGAGUGCAGAGGCGGGUGCGCGGGGGGCCAGUGCUGCGGGCCCCUGCGGAGCAAGCGGCGGAAAUACUCCUUCGAAUGCACGGACGGGUCGUCCUUCGUGGAGGAGGUCGAGAAGGUGGUCAAGUGCGGCUGCAGCAGGUGCGCCUCCUAACCGCCUCUCGGGGCUGCUGUCUUGGCAGAUGCUGUCUCCUGCUUGGCCACGCUGGACUCGCGAAUGCUUCCUAGUGGAAAUAUUUGAAAUAUAUUGUAAGAUACAGAACACACUUAUUUUUAUUAUGAGAAUAAAGACCUUUUUUUUCUGCAUUUGGAAGAAAAAAAAAUAGAAAUGCGUGAACCACAGCUUCCCCGACGCCGGAGAAGUGGGAAGGGAGGUCACCCGGAGGCAUUGGAAUAGCGAUGGGGACCAAGCACAUACCCAGGGAGCCAACCGCGAGCCUGAACUUGAACUUGGCCCGAGCACAGGCCCGUGAGCCCGCAUCUGAGUCACUGCGGCCCACGGGGACCAAGCACAUGUGUGAGUGAGGAUGCGAGGCGGAGGGAUGGAGCCCAGGAGUCGCAGAUAGGACACCUGGAUGAGAAAUAUUUUGUGCAAAAUAUAGAGGCCCCGGGACCUGGGUCCCACUCGUGGGAGACAGGAUGGGGGUGCUAACAUGUUAUCGUGUUUUUAUACAGGUCGGCAUGCUAGCACAAGAAGCACACAAAAGUGUUUAUCGACCAUUUUCCAGUAUUAAUUUUUUUGUAAUAUAAACGAUAAAGGAGAUGAUAAAGAACCAAUAGAUUAUUGAUAAAUUAGUAAUAUGAUUUUUUUUGUUUCUAUGAGUUCUAAACAGCCCUAUACAGUAUUCCGUUUUCAUGAGAAAUAUUUAUUGUAUCAAAGUACAUUGUGCUUAACAUGUUAGGCCAUCCUUUUGCUGUUUCUUGAUGCUUUAAUAUAUAUUAAUUUAUAAUUGUCCUGAUAUUUUUGUACAUUUUUUCAAACUUAAAAAUCAGGAUCUUUUUGGCAAUAGUACUAACAUAGGGUAAUAUCUGGGGAUAAAGAUGUGUUGGUCUGUUGUUUACUUAGACAUCUGACCACUGGUGUCACUGACCUACUGGCCUCACUCAGGCCACCUGCAGAGCCCUGUAAAGUCUAUGAGUGAGACAGUCCUUGUACAGAAGGUGGCCGCUGCAACUGUCCUCACAAAACAGAGAAGGCAUGUAGCAAUUGACACUAGGAAGUAGAUCUGUUACAAAUUAAUACGUCCUUGACCCUUUUGGCCCUUUGGGGGAGUGGAGUGGCAAAAGAAAAGGCUGUAAUGACAAGAACUGUGAUUUUUUCCCCCCAAAACAAUAAAGCUCCUUUAUGACCCUAAUGUUCUCAUGUUAACAUGUUUGCUGCUAAAUUAUAAUGUAGAAUUGAGAGUGAUUUAUAGUGGACUGUGCUCUUCCCUCCUCAGAAUCCCAGGGUACCCUGUAAAGAUGCAGAUGUUUCUUUCCAAAAGCUCUUUUUACAAAGACAAUUAGAUGUACAUGUAUCAUUCAGAUGUGCUCUGUCUUUCUCCAGACUAAUAUCAGUGACACUACUGAUGUUUGUAAAUUAAACAGAUAUUUACUGCAUUAACAGCUUGGUGAAUUUCUUAGAAAUUGCACAGUGUUUAGAGUCCCGGCCCUAAGAAUCCCUUAGUCAUAGUGAUUCAGUAAGAACAGAGAAGAGAACCUGUAUUUUCUGUUGUCAGAAGUUGGCUGGCAGUUAGCAUAGUGUCAAGUCUGGGGGCUUGGGAAUGGCCACAUGGAAGAGAGGAGUAGAAGGACACAUUCUAUGCUAGCAGGAAAAGUGCCUAUUCCAUUCAUUUCUCCCCCAAACAGUAUAAGGUGUAACCUAAGUAAAGCACAAAUGGUAUUUUUUAUUUUAUUCUUUUUUCCUCAAUUGGAACCAGAUGGAAAACAAUGAAACCAGGACUCCCUUUCUUCCAGGGCACUCUCAGGAGGAGUUAGUAAUGGCAAGGCCCAUCCAGAACAGGGAAAUAGCAUCAUCCUAAGAGGCUUUCUUGAUUUUCCAGUAAAAAUAUCAUGAUCACCCACGUACACACACACACACACACACACACAGUCUCUCACAGACACAAAUUGUUCAAACAUGUAUCCAUUCUUGUUUUAAAUGUCUACAUUUUAAUGAUAGAAAUACAUAGUGAUAGUAAAACAUUUUUUUAAUUUCCAUCAGUUGCUCUUUUUUUUCCCCCCCAAGAGUUGUGUAUCAUUCAUUAAGCAAAGAGCAUAUAGGAUAAUGAUAUGGUUUAGAUUUGUGUUCAUAGGUAUAGGCUAUCUUAAUAGCUACUGUUUUUUAUAUGCCAGGCACUAUACCAAGGGCUUUCUCUGAGAUACCUCAUUCAACUCUCACUGCAAACCUAUGUACAGGGUUGUCAUGCUCCCCACUUUACACAGGCAUUAACAGCCCAGAACAGAGAAGCUGAAAUCCUGUGUCCAUGUGCGAGAGAGGCAGGCAGCAGCUCCGUAACUACAACCCUCCACUAAGGCUCUUUUAACCCUUCGAGCCUCAUUUCCAAAGCUCAGCUUUUCUCUCUCUCGACCAUGUUGAUUUAAGUAAUCUAGAUUAGAGACGUUUGUUUUGUUUUUGUUUUUUAAAGGAAAAACAAGAGACAUCUUAGUAGUUUCCAAACUGUAUUCUUUCCUCUUUCCUGCUUAUAAAAGCACAAAAUAGAAUUAUACUUGCCGGAGAUUUGGGCUGAGUUAGCAAGUUUCCUAGGGGAUUGUUUGCCCCAUGAUGGCACUACUUCCUCCACAUGAGCCCUUCUUUGAGAAAAUUCAAUAGCCAAAUAAUUCCCAGCAAAUGAGACAAAUUAAAGGCAAUAGCUCAUGUUAUAAAAGGCUCCUCACUUUGAAAGCCUUGACCAUAAGAUUACUUUAAGAGGGAAACGAACUAUUCUAGAGAAUUCCCAGCAGACUGCAACCGUUAAAAAACAUUUUGCACAUUUCAGAAUCAAAGCUACUGCACGGAAUAAUGUACAUUUGUAACUUGCAAAGAUGGAGUGAUUAAACAUCUUUAAUGUGUUUACUUUUAAAUUCUCACACUGGUGAGGCCCCAUCAGGAAAUGCCAUGGAUAUUUGACAUGUGUUCAAUUUAAGAUAUGUUUAUUAAAUAACUAUUUCAAUCUUUCAGAUUUCCUGAAAUUAUUUCUAAGCAAGAAUAGACUAACCCUGGCUUUAAAAUUGCUCUGAGCAUUUUUUUUUUUUUUUGAAGGCUUGCUUAGUUAGCAGCAAUUCUUUCUGGAGAAAUGGUUGAAAGAAUUUGAAAUUGAUUCAGGACUUAAAGGUUUUAAGCCUUAUGGUAUCAUCUGCCUCAUAGUGCGACCAUUAUUUCAAAAUGAAUGUUUGUGAAAAUAUAUAGA